CUUCCGGUUCCGGCAGUUCCAGGCUCCCAGUCGAGAUGGAGGAAGAUGCGAACCGAGUCUGGCUGUCCCUGGGAAUGGAAGGUAGUGCGGGGACUGCGGUCUAGGAGUUCAGGGCCGGAGUUCUCAGACGCAGCCGAACCGCCGGGGUCUGAGAAGGUAAGAAACUGCGGUGCUUGGGUGCCUUGAGGGAUCGGAGGUACCUAAGGACCGACUUGUCGAGGAUCAGCGGAUGUCUGCUCUGCGGGGCUACAUCGCCAUGGGAAGUCUCCUUGCAAAUUUGGCUACGAAAGGCAAGUCUGGCGAGGCAUCUCUUCCUGGCAUAGGAGCAUGAGAGGCUGACGACUAGAGGAGCAUGGCGAGGGGCAUACCCAAGGACCCUGAAUUGGCGGAGCAAGAGCCGGACCGAAGGUCUUCAGGCACAAUGGAGGACAAGCGAAACAUCCAGAUCAUUGAGUGGGAACACCUGGACAAGAAGAAGUUCUAUGUGUUUGGUGUGGCGAUGACAAUGAUGAUCCGGGUUAGUGUGUACCCAUUCACCCUCAUCCGCACUCGGCUGCAGGUUCAGAAGGGCAGGAGCCUCUACCAUGGGACCUUUGAUGCCUUUGUCAAGAUCCUGCGAGCAGAUGGAGUGACUGGCCUCUACCGGGGGUUCCUGGUCAACACCUUCACACUCAUCUCUGGCCAGUGCUAUGUCACCACUUAUGAGCUUACCCGGAAGUUUGUGUCUGACUACAGCCAGAGUAACACAGUCAAAUCGCUGGUGGCUGGCGGCUCUGCCUCCCUAGUGGCCCAGAGCAUCACAGUGCCCAUCGAUGUUGUCUCUCAGCACCUGAUGAUGCAGCGCAAGGGGGAGAAAAUGGGUCGCUUCCAAGUUCAUGGGAACCUAGAGGGGCAAGGGCUCAUUGCCUUUGGCCAAACUAAGGACAUCAUCAGACAGAUCCUGCGGGCCGAUGGGCUUCGAGGCUUCUACCGAGGCUACGUGGCCUCACUGCUGACAUAUAUCCCCAACAGUGCGGUAUGGUGGCCCUUUUACCACUUCUAUGCAGAGAAGCUGUCGUACCUGUGUCCUCAGGAGUGCCCUCACAUUGUCUUCCAAGCCAUCUCUGGGCCCCUGGCUGCAGCCACUGCCUCCAUCCUCACCAACCCCAUGGAUGUCAUCCGAACCCGUGUGCAGGUUGAAGGCAAGAGCUCCAUCAUCCUGACUUUCAGACAGCUGAUGGCAGAAGAAGGCCCUUGGGGCCUCAUGAAGGGCCUCUCAGCCCGAAUCAUCUCGGCUACACCCUCCACCAUCGUCAUUGUGGUGGGCUAUGAGAGCCUCAAGAAACUCAGCCUCCGACCUGAGCUGGUGGACUCAAGACACUGGUAGCCAGUGGUGGACAAAGAGGCUAUGGUUUCACACAUUUUUCUGGGCCAAGAGAGAACCCUUGUGAAUGCCACCACGACAUACCCAUCCUACUCCCGGCCAGGUGACCUGUCUGGGACAAGAGUAGUAACUGGACUGCUCUUGCUGAAGAGGUUCUGUGUUCCCAGUAGUUUUAUUUCUCCUGCAGAUCUGGGCCCCUCACUAGGUCCUUGUACUCAGUCAUGGCCUGAAGGUCAACCUCCACAGGACCCUGUCAGCUGCUCACUGGUGCCCCUCUCUGUGUGUCCCUCAGGCCUGGGGAAGUACUGCUAUGGACUUUGCUUGUCCCCUGCUUCUUUCUUUUGAGUCUUUAAGCCAAGGCUCUAAGCAAGUAGCCAUGAUUUAUUUUUUAUGCUUGCUUGUUUUAAAUUUGGGACCGAGUUUUCCACUGGACUACUUUGCUUUGCUCUGCCUUUUGGGGACAAACGGGAGUAGCAAACACUCUGCAGGGUGUUCAUCUUCUCUAGGAGUCACAGGAGGGCGAAAUGCCGAGGCUUUACUUGUGUGUAUAGUUGAACAUCUGUGAACCGGGCAAGUAACUCUGACAGCCUCGGGCCCGCUGUCGGAACCCACUCCUUGCAGAAGUGGAAAACUGUGAUGUCUGUCCCAUUCUUUAUCCCUUCCCUAUCCCUUCAGGCCCGGGAACCUGAAGACAAGAAUGGGCUGUUGGCCUCCAUUGGCCCAGGAGACUACAGUGGAGGGCACAGUAGUCAGACUUACUGGAGUACACUGGACUUGGAACAUUGACCUGAAGCCACUGGCUUAGAAAUUAAUGAGAGGGUGUGUGCUCCUCACUGUUAUCUCCUCAGGCCAGCUGAGCCAAGCCCAGGAGGCAGCAGGGUAGGUUCCGAGCCCCAGGCAGCAAUGCCACACACAUACAUGUCCCUCAGAUGAAUAGCAGCGAGUGUCUCACAGUGGGACUCUGGAAUAUGAACUGUCCUUGUUUUCUUUCCUUGGUUGUGAAGUGUCAUCCCAGUCAUGGUACCCUGUGCUGGCAACAGUAAAAAGAACAGUCAGGAAGGCACCCAAGGCCAGGCCCACUGCAAUUACCAGCCUUAUACUGCCAAAACCGUUGAUGCUGCUGCAGGAGCCCCUCCCCUGCCCCCACCGGGCCGGUGCUGGAGGCAGAGGGGAACAGCGCGUAGAAGGGAAGAAGGCAGUCACAUCUUGACUUCCUGCUUAUGAUGACGGCCUGGGUGAUGCUUUCAACCCUUGGGAAAUGCCAUGGUGCCAAUUUGGAAGGUGCUAGCUAACUGAAGCCUUCAUGUUUCUCACGGCUGCUCCAUUCUCCCGUCUUGACUAGGAGGCCCUUCAAACCCCUUACUUUGGUUUGUCUCUGUGUAUUAGUCGUUUUGAGACAGGGUCUCAGACACGUCCUAGGCUGGUUUUGAUUCUCUAUGUAGCAGGGGAUGACCUUGAACUCUUGAUCCUCCCCCACCUCCCUGAGUUCUGGUUUUACAGUAUCCUGCCUGGCCUCACUUCCUGCACUUUACUGAGAUUGCCCUCCAGUUUUGUUCAUAGUCAUCUGAAGGGUACAGCCCAUAGAAAAAUUUUGAAGUUUUUGCCCCUCUACCUUAAGAACUGUCAAUACAAUGGAAGCAAGGACCCUUGUCAAGCUUUUCCUAUCACGCCCGUAUUUGUGUCUCUCAUCUUUCUGUGGUCCUUCCUUACUGGGGCAGAGUGUGGACACCACAAGAGGUUCCUGACUUUCAUGCCUUAGGUUAUUUCUUCUCCUGAUUUCAUUUCCUUGUACUGUGUUAAGUCUCUCCCUCUCCUGUCCCUUCCUUCCCCCUUUCCUCCGUUUCCCUUCUUGUUUGAAAGGACAAUGCUUGUAAAGGUAUAGGGACGCCUCUCCUGAUUCCCUACUUCCCCAAAGUCAGGGGCUAGGAUUGGUCUUGUUGAGGAUGGGCCAGUGGGCGCCCGUUUUCCCGAAACUGGAGAGCAAAACAGCUGGAAAUUUUAACUUGUUGGUCCAUAACCUAAUUAGAAACUCGAAAAGACAGGAAAACUGGAGGGACGUGGGGAAGAAAAUGCACUUAAGCAUUUGGUAAAACUCUUGAGGAUAUGAGCUGCGAAUAUUCACUGUUGCACUGUAUGAAAUCUUUGAAAUAUAAUUAAAAAUUUUUAUUGAACCCCUAAA